UAGGGCCACAUUUCAGAAUUUAAAGCCUGGACCUCAUUUUAAAUGGUCAAUAUUAUACAUCAUCGUAAAUCUACUUUAGAAACUACAUGUUUUUAGAAUGCGUGUAUGGAAGAGUUGUGUCCUUUUAUUUCAAUAGAUUGGAUCGGAUGAGAAAUAUAACUUAAUAUAAUACUAUGUCUUCUAUACUAUUAGAAUUUGAUGUUGGUCUAAUCUUAUCAUUUAUUGAUUUUCUUGUUUACAGUUUUUUUCUUUUUCCUAAAUUUAUACUGAAGUUCAUCAUUUUGUUUGAAGCUUAACACCUAGUCUAAAUAUAAAUAAAACGUCUUAAAAAACUCAGAAAGAAAUAGUAAAAGAAGAACCAAUUUGUUGUAAUCAUUACAUGAUUAAACAGCCGAACUCACUCUAAUUCCUAACCAAUAAUUGCAUAUUAACUAACUAAAAUGCUGUCUAUACUUUCAUCCUACGGCUAACAUUUUUUAGAUAUCAAUAUUGCAGAAAGGAUUGGUUUGAGGAAUUCCAGCAUAAAAAGACAUCUUGUGUUUUAAAUUUCAAAUAAAAAGAGUAAUGCCUUCGAAAGUUGAAAACUAAUUAUGGGCUUUAUUCUAGCUCAAACAUUUAAUUUAAAUCCAAAAUAAAAGCUUUUAAAGGAAAACGACAACGAAAAUGAUUAGGGAUGAGUCCCAUUAGCUCAAUAAAUACUUUUUCUUAUAAAUUUGAUGUAUAACUAUUAAUUUAUACAAAUAAUUUCCUCAGGGACGAACAAUGUGCCACGAGUGCGCAAUCAGUUUGCUGAUUUUUUGGCUAAGUCUGUUAAGACCUUUCGUAGAGAGUUACUUUUCAUUGGUUGUUCUAUUCUGGUCUGGUUACCCAGACCACUUCGAACUUGAGUAAUAGAAUGACCGUUCGACGUCAAAAAAAAAAAAAAAAGGGACGAACAAUUUUUUUUUUUUAACGGGAUGAACAUACCCACCAAUAUUCCCUUCUAAUCUUUUGACUCUGUUAGCGUCUCACGGCUCAUUGAACAUUCACUAUAGAAAUGUCUUACAUUAUCGUACGUCUAUCUUAGAAACUACAUGUUUUUUUUUCUUUGAACUAAUUCGAUAAACUACAUGUUUUUACGAUGCGUUUAUGGGAAGAGUGUGUCCUUUUUUAUAGUGACUCGGAUGAAAAACAUAAACAUCUCCGUUUGCUGUGUCCUUACUGCACGUACACUAUCGAGCAUAAUGUCUUACUGGACAUACACUAGCUUAGUUUUUCACAAAUUUUGUUUUUCAAAUAUUUUGUAAGUAUUCCUCUUUGUCGAUUAAAUAAAUUUAACAAAAAAAUAAAAUAAAUAAGAGUCGAGCAAAACCCCUACUUAGAAAGUAAUCCGAAAAGAAUAUAAAUUUAGUAAAACAUUUACAUGUAGCUAAUCAAAAGUUUGAGACGGCUCUAUAUGAAAUAUUAACAUGUCAUAUGGUCUCAUAAUGUUGUAAAGGGUCCCAAGCCCUACUAAAGUGACGCCAACUAAUAAGCAUUUGAUUUAACUUAAAACAAAUAGUUAACAGAAUACCAAAUACUGCUUUAACUACGCAAGACAUACAGUUCCUUCAACCUUCUCCUUCAGUUAAAAGCCCAUCUUAUUGUUCUUUGUAUCAAAUUCUCAGAUAUUUAUCAGAGAAUUUGAUUAAUUGAAAACUGAACACUGGGGAUGAUAUGGGAAACAACAACGCAACCGCCAAUUUAACAGAAGAAGAAAGCUCAAAGCUAGAAACCAAUGGAGUGUCUCCGUUGGAGAAUGUUCCCGUGGAGACCACGCAAGAUCAGGUGUUUCUUGUAGGUGAAGGCAAAGAUGGACAUACACAGAGGGAGAGCUUCUCUGAUGGUGUUACAGGUAAAGAGACUCCUGAAACAGAACCACAAAGCAAGGAAUUAGAUAAUGAUCCACAAGUGACCAAGGUUGAAGAAGAUAUUAGUCACAAUGGCUUGGUAGUGGAAACCAAUGAGCAGCUACAUAAAAAUACAUCAGUUGGAGAAGGUGUUGAAACUGUGUGUGAACCGACAAAAGUGGAAGAGUUCAAUGAAACUGCUGGAACUGAAGAAAAGCUGGUCAUGAAUGAGUCUCUAGAAGAAACUACUCCUGCAGGGAACGUUGUAAGGCUUGAUCAAGAGAUCUAUAUGGAACAAAGAACAGGGUUUCCUGAAAUCGAGCCCCAGGAGAUUCUGAAUCUUGACAAUCGCGUUCUUGAUGGUGAAGUUAUAAAUGAAGGAAAAGCCGACAAGGAGAUCUCUAAACCUGGUUCACAAGGAUCAAACGGUUUUGAAGAUUAUAAGGAAGAGAGGGACAUGGAGAUAGCAAGAGAAGCAAGUCUGAAACGCAUGUCUCGAUGCAGAUCGCUCCCAGUGAGCCACAAUAGUAGAGUUACGGGAGACUCGCCGGUUCAAGGAUUGGUUUCAGAGGUUGCGUAUCCUUCAAGAAACAAAACGGGUUUCGAUAAAGCCAAAAAGUCUGGCAUACUGCCUGUUUCUUGCCAAACAAGCAACAAAGUUCAAGAAACUACUGAAGCAAAAAAUGAAAGCAGCAAAGAAGCUAAACUUGAGAUGCGAUCUCCCAUCUUUAGUAAUGAUCUAAGAAUCGAGGAAAAGAGCGAUGAGCCGACAGAAGAAACUCCUUUACUCUCUCAAGACAAGACUGAGACAUACAAGGCAACAUUUGAUGUGGAAGAGGAAACUGUAAUGCUGAAGAGAAGCGAGACUGAGAAAAUAAGAGGCUUUGAGUUGUCUCUAGGGUUGUCGAUGAACCUCAGUGGGAGAUGUGGCGCAGAUGAUAGCUUCAAAGAAACCGAGAGCUCAGAAGAUAACUUGCUGGAGGAAAAACCUAACAUGUCUGAGACUCUGCUUGUUUCUUGUGUAGGAAGCAAAAAGGCAGAAGAUACUAAUGAUGUGAUAAGUGAAAGCAACAAAGGAGAUGUACUUGAGAUGCGGUCACCCAGCUCUGGAAAUGACCUAAGAACCAAAGAAAGAAGCGGUAAAUCUACAGAGGAAACUUCUUUACUCUCGCAGGAUAAGACUGAGGCAUACAACUCAACACCCAAUGUGGAAGAGAAAACUGUGAUGCUGAAGAGAAGUGAGACUGAGAAAAUAAGAGGCUUUGAGCUGUCUCUAGGGCUGUCCAUGAAUCUCAGUGGGAGAUGUGACGGAGAUGGUAGCUUCAAAGAAAUCAAUAGCUCAGAAGAUAACUUGGGGAACAAGGAAGCUAACGCGUCUGAGACUCUCUUUGUUUCUUGUGUAGGAAGCAGCAGCAGCAAAGCGCAAGAAGCUUCGUUACUUUGUCAAGACAAGACAGAGACAUAUGAGGCAACAAUUGAUGUGGAAAAGAAAACUAUGAUGCUGAAGAGAAGUGAGUCUGAGAAAACAAGAGGCUUUGAGUUGUCCAUGAAACCCAGUGAGAGGUCCGAGGCAGAUGAUAGCCUGAAAGAAAACAAAGACUCAGGAGACAACUUGCUGGACAAGAAAGCUUCUUGGGGUUCUAUGAGAGGCAGAGUCAGAAAAAGGAGCAAAUCUUCGCUAUUUGGAACAUGCCUCUGCUGCAACAUUGCAAUGAAUUGAACAGAUUUGCAUUAUUGGUCUUGUGAUUUGAUGGUUUUUUCUAAAAUUAUUAUGGGAUAUUGGGAAAACUAAAUGAAUGUGUGGAUUGGGUUUUCUGUAUACUUGAGAUUUGUUUUCUGUUUGAGGGUUCGAAAAUUAUAUUGUUCUAUGAUAUUUCCUUACAAUAUGAAAUUUGGGUUUGUUUUAUGUUAUUUCCUUACCGUAUAAUUAGUUAAGAUUAAUCAUGGUCCUAUAUGUGUCUCUACUUUGUGAAACACUGAGAGAAGGAAAAAGAAAUUCAAAUUGUGUUUCAAAAGUGUAAUAAACAAAGCUACAGAGAUUAAACUGCACCUCUAAGCUUCAACAAUAGACAAAACAAAACUGAAGCUGAAAGCUUCAAAGAAUUUCAGAAAAUUUGCAUUUGUUGAGAUGUAGUGAAGACAAAGGAGCAAAAACUAACAAGACAAUUAAGGAUAAUUUGGUUUAUAAGUCUCCAAAAUAAUAGUAAAUUAGCCAAUGUUGAUCAUCAUCUUGACAAAUUCAUCAUAGUUGACUUGGCCAUCACCAUCCAAAUCUGCCUCCUUUAUCAUUUGUUCAACUUCUUCAUCUGUUAGCUUUUCCCCUAGAUUUAUCAUUACAUGACUCAACUGCAAUAAAUUAGUAAAUAAAUUUGUACAUGUCAAUCAAACCUGUUAAUUAGAUCUUGUAGAGACUCAUACUCUUUCAAAACAUUAUAAUUAUAAGCAAACCCAAUCAUUUUUUCAGAAAAGAAGCAACAAGUUUUGGCCUCAGUCUGACCCUUCCGUUUAAAGAGACCUAUUAUCUGAAGACCAGCCCACAGUAGAUUUGUUAUAUACCUAAUUGAUGAUGUCUCUUAAUAAUAACAAAUUAACAAUGCAGAAGCUAGAAUAUUAAUACUCAGAAUAUAUCUGCAAGAACUCGAGCUUUAUUAAAUAUGAUUUAGUCUUCUUGAGAGAUCGACGUGUUUGAGAAAAUAAACUCGAAUUGAACUUAUUUGCUAGGCAUGAGUCAUUUCAAAUACACAGUUAGAAAGCCUCUGGCUAUGGUUAUAAUGCUAUCUAAAAAGGUUAUUAAUAAAUUGUAUAUAUAUGCAUGCCAAAAUGUGCAUAUAUGACUUUCUACGCACUAAUGCAACUUCUGAGGAUGUGAAGAAAGGUAUAUAUAUUUAGUUAAACUAGGUGAAACAUGUGCCCACCUGUCCAGAAAACCAAAUAUCAAACGCAUUUUACUCCUAACUUGUUUUUCGCUAAUUGUUUUUUUUGUCACUCCUCGUUCUUCUCCAAAGAUUCACAAUGCCAGCUAGCUCUAAGCCUUCACGACGGAAAAAUGUCUAGAAUAUUUUAUAAGACAAGUAUGUGAUCUCUUUAAAUUGGAAGAUUGCCUGGCGCUGUUGUCUGAUUUUUGUCAUUAAUUCAAAAUAUUUCAAUGAGUGUUUAGCUGGCUUUAUCAUCUAUCUAGUUAAUGCAGAAUUAAUUGAUCAAGUGGGUCAAUGAACAAAAUAUAACUCAUAGUUAUGAUGAUUAGCCUGGAUUUGACGAUUUAGCGAUAUAAAGCAUGUACCACUUAAGCAGAGGAAACAUUUAUGAAACUGGUUCAUGAACCCUAAUUAAAUUUGACAACUAAACACAAUAAGGAUUUAGCAAACAGAAAAUAUAAAAAAUUUGUGGCUCUAAAACAUUUAUAAAAAUAUCAACAGAGUUAAGACCGUACAUGCUAUUAUUGAAGAACGUUGUACAAAACGUAAUCCAGUGCAUGGAACUAAUUUGUUUAUAUAGUUUUAUUAAUAAGUCAAGGUUAUAUCUUACUAUAUACGCACUUAUAUAGAGACAUAAACAACUCAAAUUAAAGGGCCCUUAAAACUAAAAAAAAAACGAGAUUGAAAAAAUCACGGACCUCACUGGCAGAGAUAUAACCAUUUUGGUCUUUGUCAAAGACUUUGAAUACUUCUUUCAGCUCUUCUUCUGCAUCAUUUUCCUAUACCAUCAAAUCACGACACCAAAUUAACAAACAUUACCUGUUAUAGAAUAUAAUUAUUGUCUUUAUUUAGAGUAUAUCAAAUGGUUCUUUACAAAUGAGAGUUGUUAAUAGAGAAAAAGUAAAAGUCUUAUUUAUUAAAAAAAUAAUUAAAUUUCUUGACCAAAGCAAAAAAUAUAUAAUUAAAAGCUAAAAAGGUGAUUAAAUAUUUGCUAUAAUAAAAAAAAAACAAUUUGUCAAAAAAAAAUAUUUCUAACUACACUCAAGAAAUAUAAAACAGAGGCAUAAUGAAUGAGACAGCUCCAUUUUGACAACAGUCAUAAAUGAUACGAGCAAAAACAAUUUAGUUGAUGUAAUUGAUUGUGAAAUAGUACAUAUUUUGUAUCAAACUAACUAAGCAUGAAUAUAAUAACAUAUGGAGAGACCCCGGCACGAGAGAGGAACCUGAAGUUUGUUGGUCAUGAGGUUAAGAAACUCAGCAAAUUCAAUGGUGGCAUUACCAUCGGAGUCGAUCUCAGUGAUGAUAUCGUGAAGUUCUUGUUCUGUUGGAUUCUGAUCCAACCAACGGAUCACUGUUAAAAGUUCUUCUACCGUUAUACGACCUGUUACUGGAUUCCAAAAGAACAAUAUAUAUGUCACCCACACAUAUACUUAAUUUUAUAUAUAUUAUCAUUUAGAGAAGAAAGAGAGAACCGUCGCCGUCUUUGUCCAAGAGACAAAAGACCUCUUUGAACUCGAUGAUCUGAUCUUUUGUCAGUGCUGUGUCUUCCAUUGUUUUCUGGGGUCGUGAGAGAGAAGAGAAGAGAGAAAGCCAAAGGUUUAAAGUUGUUGAUGAAUCUCUGAUUUAUGGUCUAUAUGUAGAGUCGUGACAAGAACUUUCUACUUUGGACUCAUGGUACUUUUUCAAUCUAUAAGCCCUUCUUAAAUUAUUUAAAGUUAAAAGGGAAGUUUUUAAUUCUUGAGCUGAAAAUUUUAAUUCUGGUCACAUGACCCAAUAGCAUAAAAUAAUUGUUGCUGUUCUCGAGUUACUUUUAGGUCGUACAUAAUCGUCAUUACUCAUUAGUAAAGACUUAUUGUAUCUAAAACUCAACCGUUUGACUGUCUAAAUGUCCGUCUAACGGCUAAAACCACUUGGAUGUUUUGUUAUUGGAUCUAAGUGAUUAGAUUCACUAAGCUCAUAAAACUCUCCAAGCUUCAAGUCUCAUUGGCUGGUCUAAGUUUACUCUAUUAGACAUUUGUUUCGUUUUAAGUUAAAAAUAUAUAUUACCAAAGACACAUUACAGUGGAAGCCCUAUUAGUCUGAUGGUUUGACUAAGAGUUCAUUAAUACUUUUACACUAGAAAAUUUGGAGUUCAAACUU